AUUUUUAACAUUCUAUUUUUUCCCUUAUUUUUGUAUAAUUUCAGUUUAAACAUACACAUUAUACUGCUGGUUCGCGACCCAAGAGGAACAAUGCAAUCAAGGCGUCAUCGGACAUGGUGCUACAAUAAUCCAGAUUGUGAUCAACCACAAAUUCUAUGCAAAGAUCUCGAAGACGAUUAUCAUGCUGCUGAAGUACUAUUAAAAAAAUACCCUACAAGAUUCAGGACCAUAAGAUACGAAGAUCUAUCAUUGGACCCAUAUGAAAUGAGCCAAGAGUUGCUGCAGUUUUAUGGCCUGCCUUUUGAUCCGUUGGUUGAAGAAUUUCUAGAUACGCACACUAAAGUUAAUAUUGGCGGCGUUAGUUCCACAUUUCGUGAUUCGAAAUCGGCACCAUUCCAUUGGCUGCAAGACUUAACCCAAGAUGAUAUUAAACACAUACAAAAUUCAUGCACAACAGCAAUGGAUCUGUGGGGCUAUCGACGUAUAAGCAAUUUUACCGACUAUGCACGGAAUUUCGACCCCAUUAUAUUGCCGCCUCCAUUUACGUGAAAUAU